CAGUCGCAAACCACACACACUCUCACUCAAACACUCACUCAGUCACCUAGAGAGAGAGAGAAUUAAGUAUAGCAAAAAAGAGUAACUUUUAUUGCUAGAGAGAGAGAAAUGGGGAAGGGGACAAAAGGGUUCAGCUUUUUGAAGGUGAAAGUGAGAUCUUUUAAGCGCACAUCCAUUUAACAGAGGAAAGAGUAGACUCUGAGACACACAACAAGCAUUCAUUCAGAGAAGAAAGAGAGAGAAAAAAAAGACUUAAUCAACACGCCAUUAGAGUGUGGUCUGUGAAAAGAAGCAAGUAGCCAUAGCUAGUGGAUACAAACACAGAGUGAGAGAGAACCAUAUCUUCUUCCUUCAUCAUAUCAUACUAGGGCUUUCUGUAUUUGCAAUCAAAUUCCAUGAGUUUGAGACUUCUCCAAAAACCCUUCAAAACCCACAACAGUACUGUGCACUUGCAAGAUAUAGAAAGUGACAGAGACAUGUUGGACUAUGAGUGGGGAAACCCAUCAUCCAUAAUGCUCACCGGUGGAAAUGAAGACGGCGGCGGCACCACCGCUGUCUCCGAUCAAGCCCACCGACAAAUGUUCGACCACUACGCCUCUCACACCCUUCUCACCGACCACUUCCUCCACGGGCCUGGCCCCACAAACACACCUGAUUUCACUCACCAGAACCACCACCUCCAGUUCAACUCAUCACAAGCCCAAGCCCAGCACCACCAUGUCUCUCACUCUCACACCUUCUUCGACCCACGCGCCUUCCACGGCGGCGCGUCCUCCACCUCCUAUCCUCCGCCUCAGCCACCCCCUAUGCUCUCCCUUGACCCUCUUCCGCCUCACGCUGGACAUGGACCGGGGUACGUCCUCAUGCCGAAGUCUGAGGACGUCGGCCGGCCCAUAGACUUCGUGGGGUCGCGAAUUGGGCUCAAUCUCGGCGGCCGGACUUACUUCUCGUCGUCUGAGGAUGACCUUGUAAGCCGCCUCUACCGCCGGUCUAGACCGGGCGAACCUGGCUCGACCAUGUCUUCCAACAACUCGCCCAGGUGCCAGGCUGAGGGAUGCAAUGCUGAUCUGUCUCAGGCCAAGCACUACCACCGCCGCCACAAGGUUUGCGAGUUUCACUCCAAGGCCGCCACCGUCAUCGCCGCCGGGUUGACUCAGCGAUUCUGUCAACAAUGCAGCAGGUUUCAUCUACUUUCUGAGUUUGAUAAUGGAAAACGUAGCUGCAGGAAGAGACUAGCUGAUCACAAUCGUCGCAGAAGAAAAACUCAGCAGUCAACUCAAGAAAUUCAGAAAUCUACUACUGCUCUGGAUAACAUUGCAAAGAAAAAUUGUUCCUUUAAUUUCUUGCAGGGUCCCCUGCUGACUCCGGAACUCAACCAUCAUCAUCGGUGACUGUGGCAGUGUCACCGCCGGAUUAUUUUCGGCCGAGGCCAUAUAACCAAAGCACAAGCCCUUCAAAUUCAAGCUCACUGUUUUUCUCAAGCGGGUAGUUCAUCAUCAUGUAGGAGAGCAGUACUUAACUUGCAUGGAGGAGUGUUCAGCAAUAAUACAUAGUGAACUUCCAUUUGUAACUUUUCUCCCAGAUUUAAUUUUCAAAGUUAGCUUUUUAAUCUCCUGUUAUGAAUUUGCUAGAAUUAAUUGUGAUUUUCAAACCAUGUAUGUUAAUUUCUUUUUAUGUUCUAUAUAAAACUCUAGUGCCCUAUAAUUGUUGGGUCUUUAAUUGGGUACUAGUAGGGUAGCAAAUGGGAUUGUGUAAUUGGCAAUUGCUCUUUUCUACUUUAUGGUGACCAGUUCAGCUUUUACUGCUGUGAAUUUUAGUUGUGGUAAACCGUAGAAGGGGAAAUUGGCCCCCUCUGUUUGGACUUUCCCGGAAAUAGCACCUGUUUGGGUCUCAGAGUGUUGUGGCAGCUGAACACGGGUGUUCAGGCCCUAUACACAUUCAUUUUCAGGCAUUGAAUUAUUUUCCUUUUGUCUGGUCCUGGAAUUUUUCCUAAAAAAUGAAGGGAUCAUGUAAAUUAUGAAUAUUCAACAAAACCUUUAAAUUUAUGGGUAUGCCUAACUCAUUCUC